CCUUUACCGUCGGUCGCGGGCUAUCCAUACCUCUGGCCAUAAAACUCAAGCCCGAAGUGAUUCUCUAUGCAAACCACGUGAUGAUGGUGUCCGGCAUAUUGAUCCUCAUAUUUUGGGCCAAUACAUCCGUCGUGAUGAUGUGGACGGGAAAUAUCAUACUGGGCGCCGGCUUCUCGUCCGUGUACGCCUCCAUGUAUGCAUUCCUCGAGCACCAGUUCCAGGUGACCAAUACGAUUGGGUCUAUAUUUGUGUUCGCCGGGGGCCUCACCUGUGCCCUCUCGCCAUCACUCGUGGGACAGUAUAUCGAAGCCAACCCUUUGAUUCUCAUUUGGUUUAACUUAUUGUGUGUCACUCUCUGUGUGUUAAUCUUUGUGUCCAUUCACGUGACUAUUUGUACCAAAAAUCGCCAAAAGAGAGUAAAGAUUAGUGAAAUGAAUGGCGAGGAUGUGGUUAUCAAGAAAGUGUUGCCUUAAUAUGUAUUAUUUAGCAUAAUAUCAUUUGUUAUAUAGAUUUCUACUGUUAGUUAUCUCUAAUUAACACAUCUCUUAUUCAUAGCUCAAUAUGUAUUGACUAUUAAUUAUAUUUCACAACUUUAAUCGC